AUGCAAUCAAAAUUAUCAAAAAUACAAGAGGUUUCUUAGAAUUUUAUUGCUUCGGAUCAAAAGAUAUCGAUUAAUCAAAAGACAUUAGAGAGUGAAAACUCAAAAUCCAAGACUCAGUUUAAUAAAUAGUAAUCGCUAGAUAAUCUUAUUAAACUCAAGUACCCAUAUCAUUAGGAGAAUGAUGAAACCACUAAGAAGAUUUUACAUGAAUAUUUUAAAUGGUAAUGA